AAUAUCAAUGUCACAAUUUUUUGAACUACCAAAUUCUACCCAAAUGGGAAAACGCAAAGGGAAAGGUUUCGCUCAACGGUCUCAUGAUAAAAUUAAAAAUUCAAAUGAUCAAAACAGAGG